AUGCUUCUUCCCAAAGGCGGCAUCAACUGGAAAGCUGCAAGAGCCACGCUUCCCCCGACAAGGGCAAUAUGGGCUUUCCUCACCAAAACCCGCUUUCUUCUUCUCGUCGCAGUCACCGGCGCCGUAAUAUUACUAUGGCGCGGUAUCAGCACCUCUGCCUCCGAGAUGCAAAAAUUCUACUGUUGGGGUCCGGCAACACCCCCAAUGGAGAUGAGUCUCAAUGAUCAGCAGUCCUGGAACGCUCACCACAAGACACCCGUAAUCUUCAACCACCAUGCCCCCUUAGAAGUCAACUCGUCGGACAUUCAGCACGUCGACCUCAACCCUAUCAAGUCCACGACCAAGGCGGUCGCGAACGAAGAACGAGUCCUCAUCCUCACCCCACUCAAAGAUGCCGAGCGAUAUCUCUCCAAGUAUUUUGAGCUGAUCGCAGAGCUGACCUACCCUCACCAUUUGAUCGAUCUCGCGUUCCUCGUGGGCGACACCACUGAUGAAACCCUUGUCGUCCUCGCGGCCGAGCUCGAUCGAAUCCAGAAGCGCCCAGACAAGAUUCCCUUCCACAGCGCCAUGAUUGUUGAGAAGGACUUUGGCUUCAAGCUCAGUCAGGACGUCCAGGACCGGCACAGUUUCGAAGCCCAAGGGCCGCGUCGAAAGGCAAUGGGCAAGGCGAGAAACUAUCUCCUGUCAACUGCACUGAAACCGGACCACUCUUGGGUGUACUGGAGAGAUGUCGACAUUGUGGACAGCCCCCGGAAGAUCCUGGAGGAAUUCAUUGCCCACGAUAGGGAUAUUCUGGUGCCGAACAUUUGGUUCCACCGAUACAAGGACGGCCGCGAUAUUGAGGGGCGAUUCGAUUACAACUCGUGGGUUGAAUCUGACAAGGGGCGGAAGUUGGCGGCCAGCCUGGACAAAGACGUUGUCCUUGCCGAAGGUUAUAAGCAGUAUGACACUGGUCGGAAUUACAUGGCCAAGAUGGGCGACUGGCGGAAGGACCAGGACGAAGAGAUAGAGCUGGACGGCAUCGGCGGUGUGAACAUUCUCGUAAAAGCGGAUGUCCACAGAUCAGGAAUCAACUUCCCAUGCUAUGCCUUCGAAAACCAAGCAGAGACCGAGGGAUUUGCAAAGAUGGCCAAGAGAGCGGGUUACGAGGUCUACGGCCUUCCGAAUUAUGUCGUAUGGCAUAUCGAUACGGAAGAAAAGGGCGGCAACCUAUAA